AUGAACGUACCCUUGGUGUACACAGGGUUCUGGAUAAACCACAAUGGUGCGUGGAAAAAAUCUUGGCCCAGGCUGGGCGUUGCACAGGGCCAUCAACAGCAGGCUCGUGCUUCUCAUUCUACCGCAGCGGCAUUCGCCGUCCUCAGAUUGUUCAGAUCGAUCUGGAUAUGGCUAGGGAAGAUACCUGGUAUUGGUUUGCUGGCGUACGCCCUAUAUAUAGUCAUCAAUGCCGCCGCUUUUGUUUCCUACUGGGGGGGGGGGUUCCAAAAAGCGGGCGAUGUGUUAUUGGUUGAUAAUAAAUGCGGCUGGCCUAAUGGCCCUGAAACAGAGGCUGUGGCGAGCUCAUGGUCUCGACAUGUUCUGGCUCAAGGUCAGGAAUACGCUCGUAACUGCUACACUCCGGGAUUCUUUCCUUGUUGCAGGAAACCUUGCAACGUCGACACACCCACACUCUUGCGCAGCUUCAUAGGUGAUGCGGCGCCGUGUCCCUUUUCAGAAGAUAUUUGUGGUCAAACUACAGCAUUUGAGAUUGAGACUCCGGAAUUUGGGAUUGGCGCCCGGGAGUACAUGAACUCUAACGAACAUUUCGGUAUAAACACUGCCAAGGAUGGCCAACUCCGUUUCCGCUCAGUUACGAAAUGUGUCCCGAUAUUAGCCGAGGAAAAACACUCGACCCCAUGGUUUGAGGUUGCAUGGGACACACACAAAGAAUAUAACUUGGGGCCAACGGAAUCUACUAGUUUCACCUGGGUGGUGCGCAAAUCUUUGGUUCCGAAGCCUCAACCAACUAUGAAGAACUUCUCCCCCUACGAGUUGAGAGCACUGGCAUCCUACGCUGGCUUCCACGAUAACACAUCAAUUUCAGACUUCUCACCAAUAGAUGACCUCAUGGUGCCCCAUGCGGACAUCACAGUUCUAUAUCUGCUGAAUAUCGCCUUAUACAGUAACGUCACCGAGGACCCCUGGUUCCAGGCUACCAACAAGGUUGACCGAAAUGGUUUCCGGCGAGAUUUCUCCUGGGGCUUGGGCUCCUACUACUACGCUGAUCGGGUGGCCUCUACACUGGGAUGCACUCGCCAGUGGGAGUUUUGCACAAUGGACGGGAGCUGCACGUCACCCAUGGGCCUCAUGGAGAUACUCCAUAACGGAGAGGGCUGGCGGGAACGCCUGAAUCCAAAGCAGGCCGCGGUUCUGGAGCUCCUCUCGAAAGCCCUGGAGCUGGAUUUCUCGGCCAUCGUGCGUACGCUUGGCGCUGGAAUACUGUCAGCAAACGAUCAGCAGGUGUAUCAAUUUUCAGCAGCACUGCGGCCGACACAUUGGCAUAGGGAGAUCGCGAGCCUCCACAGCAUUGAAUUGGCGUCAAUGCAACGGUUCUUGGCCAAUUUCCCUUCUGUUCCCGUCUUCCCGAUAGAUGGAGUGGAAGGAAACAAGACUUCGCAUGAUUUCAUAACCGAGCCAGAAGGCGAACUGCGGUCUCUAUGUGGCUCGAUUAGAAUUCGGAGUGAGAAUCACACUAAUUUGAAUGUGUUCUGGUUGCUACUGCUUUUCAUGGUCGGGCUGUUCAUCUUCGGCAUCAGAUACCUACUUCUCCCAUUGCAGGAUGUUUGGUUUCACCGAAACUUCAGAAUACGUGACUAUCCGCACGAACAAUGGGAAGAAAUUGCGCUUCUUUAUGAUAGAGAAGCUGGUGCUUUGAGAAGAAAGAAUCCGACCGUAGUGGUAUAUGACGAUUGUGAUAGCCCAUGGACAGAUAAUAUAUAG